AUGAUAACCUUCUCGAUCGUCUCCCAGUUCUUUAUCCUCGGGGCGCUGACUUUCUGGGUCACACAUGGACCCCGCACCAAACAGUCCGACCUCGACAGUUGGCUCUCCAGCGAAGCGAACAUUGCUCGCACCGCUGUUCUUAAUCUAAUCGGCGAUGAUGGCAAAUGGGCCCAAGGGGCCGCGGCAGGGGUGCUGGUUGCAAGCCCAAGUCGGUCGGACCCAGACUACUUCUUUACCUGGACACGAGAUUCGAGCCUAGUGGUUAGGACAUUGGUGGAGAUGUUCAGGGAAGGUGAUUCCGACCUUUUGCCCAUAAUCCAAGCGUGGAUAUCGUCUCAGGCGCGGGUGCAAGGCGUGGAAAACCCGAGCGGCGGACUGGAUGAUGGACAGGGAUUGGGAGAAGCAAAAUUUACGGUGGAUGAGACACCCUUCUCUGGGUCAUGGGGACGACCACAGCGGGACGGGCCUGCCUUGCGAGCGACUACGAUGAUUGAGUUCGGCUGGUGGUUGCUGGUGAGCACGUUGCUCUGUUGGACUUUGAAGCUCAGGAUUGACAGCUUGCAGAGUCAGGGCUAUCACCAGGUUGCUGCAAACCUCGUAUGGCCUGUCAUACGAAAUGAUCUGUCGUAUGUAGCACAGUACUGGAAUCAGUCAGGGUUUGAUUUAUGGGAGGAGCUCUACGGGCGCUCGUUCUUCACUUUAUCCGUAUCCUAUCGAGCUCUGGUCGAAGGAAAUUUGUUUUCGCGAAGUAUAGGGUUCUCCUGCCCGGAAUGCGUAUCGCAAGCGCCCCAGGUUCUGUGCUUGUUGCAAUCUUUCUGGACAGGGAGAUUUAUCCGCAGCAAUCUCGACGGCGGUCGAAGUGGAAAGGAUUCCGGUACACUCCUAGGCAUAAAUUGCGCCUUUAACCCUCGCGCGGGAUGCGAUGAUGCUACUUUCCAGCCAUGCUCUGCCCGCGCCCUGGCUAGCCAUCAUAAACUGAUGGACACCUUUCGGGAUUUGUACGAUAUCAAUGCAGAUCGUAGCCAGGACCAGGCUGUUGCAAUUGGUCGCUACCCUGAGGAUCAGUAUUCCGGAGGAAAUCCAUGGUUCUUGUGCACGCUGGCUGCAGCUGAGCAGCUAUACAGUGCCAUAUAUCAAUGGAAUCGCCUUGGUUCCAUAACCAUCACACAAGUAUCACUUCCGUUCUUCCAAAAUUUGCACCCGUCAGCGGUACCUGGAACGUAUGUGUCGUCAACUGAGAUAUAUUACCAAUUGGUCGAUGCUGUCCGUACGUACGCAGAUGGUUUCAUGCGAAUUGUGAAAAGAUACACGUCCCAUAACGGUUCGCUCUCGGAGCAAUUUUCAAGACGCGACGGAUCUCACAUGUCCGCAUACGACCUCGCAUGGUCGUAUUCGUCGUUAUUGACAGCGAAUCGUCGCCGGAAUGCGAUUGCCCCGUCACCAUGGGGAGCGCCCGGGACACCGAGCGUCCCGCCGACUUGCUCCGCUACGAGUGUGCAGGGGACAUACAGCGCUGCUACAAUCAGUGCUUGGCCCCCUAUCAAGGGAUUUCCAAUUGCAACACCUAUGCCAUGUGAGGCCCCUUCUUUAGUUUCCGUUACCUUCGAAGUUACCGCCUCAACUGUAUGGGGAGAAGACAUACGAGCCGUCGGCUCGACCUUGGACCUUGGUAACUGGGACCCUGCAAAGGGGGUUGCUUUCCAUGCCGACCGCUAUACCUCCUCCCAGCCAAUAUGGUAUGCCACAGUCAAACUACCAGCGGGCCAGAGCUUUGUGUACAAGUACAUUCGGACGAGAGACGGCGAAGUCGUGUGGGAAGGAGGUCUCAAUCGACAAUUAGAUACCCCUGCGGUUUGCGGGACGAAAUCGCUUUACAGGAGGGAGGCUUGGAGGUGA